AUGGAAAAGGAAGCAUCCUCCUCUGAAGGGCCUGACGCCGCCCGAGACGAGAUGGAGCAGGAAAAGAAUGAGCAGCAGCAGCAGCAGCCUCAACAACAAUCCAACCAUGUGUCGCAGACAUCUCCAGCUGAAGCUUCUGCUCCCACGCCUGCUCCUCCUCUGCCGCAGACCCGAAGCCUGCCCCAAUGGCUCGAUCGCUUCAAUCGCAGGGACCUCACCACCACCCUUCGCUGCAUUAUUGCCGUCUGGGUCGCCUCGCUCCUCAUGGUUAUCAAUCCGAGCCUGCGGCGCUUCGGCCAGUCCACCUUUCUCGCCUCCGUCGUCAUCUACAUCAUUCCGCCCGCCGGCAAUCUCAUCGUCGCCAUCGUCGGCUACCUCUCCCUGCUCCUCGGCAUGUGCCUCGCCUGGGCAUGGGGUCUCGCCACCAUGAAGGCCGCCCAGGCCGUCCGCUCCCCGGCCGAGCUCAACGCCCGCCUUCAGGCCCUCCAGCAGCAGGUAGGCGCCACGGCCCAGGCCACGGGAAACAACGACACAGCCGCCAUUGCCACAGUCCUCAUUCACGACGGCUUCAUGCUCGACACCCGCGUCACCGUCGUCUACUUUGUCAUGGGUUGCGUCUUCGUCUACUUCAUCAGCCGCCUGCGCUACACCUUCAACCUGACCGUCCUCACUCAGCUCUUUGGCAUCAUUGCCACCGACAUCUUCCUCGUCAUCGGUCCUACCAUCACCCGCUGGACUCCUCGCCUGCCCGAGGUCGUUGUCCUGCCCGCCGCUUGUGGUUGCGCCAUUGGCAUUGCCUGCGCUCUUUUCAUCUUCCCUCAGUCUACCAGCCAGGUGGCCGUCGGCCAGAUCCAAGACCUGCUCGCCAUGCUCAACUAUCCCAUCCAAACCGGUCGCCAGUUUGUUGCCGGUUCUCUCGACUUGGACACCAAUCUCCUCAAAAGGACAAAGCGACGUGCCAUCACAGCCUACGCCCAGCUUCAGCCAAACAUCGCAUUCCUUCCCCUGGACGUGUCCCGCGGGCAGUGGAGCCCCGAUGAUGUCAAGUCAGUCUACAUCAGGUUCCAGGACGUCUUGGCUGCUACUUUUGCCUUGCUUGACUUUCAGAUCGCCCGUGUCUCCAGCCAAGAUAAGAUUGACAAGCUUCGUGAUAUGGUCAAUCUACCCCAGACUGCCUCGUCCGACGGCAAGGAAGCCAAGCCCCGUGACCCUCGUCGUGCCAAGAUCCUCCAGAACCCCGAUCUGAUCCAUGCUCUCAUCGCUCCCGGAACAAUCGUUGGCUCCGAAGAUAUGCAUGAUGCCUUGCACGGCAGCUCCGAGGCCGUCUUGGAUAUCACCACCGAUGCCAUUAGCCAUCUUGUCGAGGCUUUGAACCUGGUGAAUAUGAACCGUUGGUUCGUCUCCAAGUCUGCUCGUGCCAGAUUCCCUCAAGCCGCUAUUGCCCUCAGACAGAUCGGCACAAAACUAACCCAAGCUCGCGAGGCUUGCAUUGCAGACACUACCAAAGCUGCCAUCGACAUUCAUGGCAAUCUUUUCGACGACAAUGGUCUUAUCAAGACCGAAAUGAAGGACGAAUCAAAGAAGAUUGCGGGCCUCGUUAUUGCCUUUGUUAUUGAAGAACACAUUAUUGUCACAGCGACCGCAUACGAAAAGCUGACGGCAGAAGUCGCCCAGCUCUUGGAGACUCGAACCACCAACCAAGUCUGGGGCCCUUUGAAACGCCUCUUUACGCCCGACCCCCGCCAGGAGACCGGUGCACCGGCCUUGUCUGGCCAGACCGUCACCGACCCUGACAGAAUCCAAAGACAAACUCGAGAAGUCGAGAGACGCAUCAAAGUCGUGUCCAAGGGGCAUGGUAUCCCUAAGAAGCGAGGAAAUCUGAUAGCGAGAGCCGUUGCCGCUGUCUCUGGUUGGCUCACUGCCCCUGGCAGUCUCUAUGCCCUACGUGUUGUCAUCGUCACCAUUGCUACCGGCAUUCCCGCCGUCAUCCCUCAUACGGCCGGCUUCUACUAUCGUGAGAAGGGAAUUUGGACGCUCGUCACAGCACAAACCUGCAUCCUCAUGUACAUGUCUGAUUUCACCUUCUCCAUCAUCACUCGCACUGUGGCAACCGUUUUCGGUGGGAUAGCAGGUCUAGUCAUUUGGUACAUUAGUGCCGGCACCGGCGGCGGUAACCCUUAUGGUCUGGGUGCGGCUUUGCCCUUUGGAAUUGUCCUCUUUGUCUGGGCGAGGCUAUGGCUCCCGCAGGCUUACCUGCAAGGUACAGGACUGGGCGCCUCUACUUUUGCCAUGGUCAUUGGCUAUAGCUGGGACAUGCACCACCUCAGCACGUAUGGCCUGCCUGGCCUCGGCUAUACCACCUUUUGGAGACGCUUGGUGACUGUUCUCAUCGGCUUCGCAGCCGCGCUGAUUGUGCAGAUGCUGCCCAAGCCUCCUUCAGGAACGCGCCACGUCGCAAAGACACUCGCCAACAGCUUGCACAAGAUCAGCGACCACUAUGCCCUGCUCAUUUCUCACUGGGGCAGCGGUUCUGUCGUCGGUGAUGAUUACAGUGGCGUCAGAAAUGUCAUUACCUCAGCUGGCCUUGGUCUCGGGCAGAAACUCUAUGCACUAAAUGACCCCAUUGCCAUGCUCAAGUACGAGACGAGCAUGUCGCCCUUUGACAAGACGAGCCUUCGCAGAGUUCAAGAGCUCCUAAUCUCAAUGAACCAGUCCCUCACAAAGGUGAUGCUGGCCGGUACCACUCUUCCCCCGGAGUACCAGCAGCGUUUGAUCAAGACUUCUGGCAUUGCCGACGACGCCUGCAUCAGCAAAAUCAUGUCCGUUCUUGUCCUUGCGAAGCAGUCGCUGCGUAGCGGAGCUCCCCUGCCAGAACGUCUUCCCACGCCGCUCAUUGCUACGUGCUAUCUCGACUUUGGCGUCAGACAUGGCUUUGUGGAGCUGCGUCGCGAGUACAUGGAGAGCGAAGAUUUUCGCAGCUACUGCGUCGCUUUAUCAGCGUACCUCACAUUCCUUCAUACCGCGGAUGAUCUAGUCCUUUUGCUCAAGGAGACUGUUGGAGAGAGUCAUAUUGUGCAUGACUGGAGCGAGCUCUCAGAGGAAGUCUGA